AUGAAUUCUACAACUAAAAUCUACACUGUUAUAUGUACAUGUUCAUCAUGUACCAAAAAUGCAAUUGGUGGAAUUUUGCAAAAUGCACAGACCUUUAAGCGUCAUAACGAUGCUAAUAAGUUAUUAGACAUUGGCUCAAAAAAUCGAGAAACACACAUUGAGAUGGGAGAUGUAUCUGAUACAUUGAUUGACUAUGAAGACAAUUAUUCUAUUAUAUCAGCCGAAACUACUGUACAGAGUGUAUCUUUUUUGAGAGAAGACGAGAUUUUUCAAUUCGAAGAGUCUGAUGUCAAGACAACAUCAUUGGCUUCUGACAAUGGCAAUCCUGAUUCAAGCGAUGAGUCUGAAGAUGAGAGUGAAGUCGAGGUUGCUGGUGUUGAAAAUUUUGGACAUAGUUGCUUCCAGUUUUGUUUAUUGAGAAAAGGUUUUGUAUCAAAGUUUUACCAGGUUCUUACACUGAACUACUACUGCUAUUUAUAUUAUUUUGGAUCAGGAAAAUUAUAUGACUGGGGUCAGUCUCAAUGA